UUUUUGCUUUUAUAGCUUAAUAAUGAAACUUUCCUUCUCUAAAAUUAAUUUGCUGGCAGUUGCUGUCUUGAUUAGCUUUUCUAGUGUGAAUUGUGGCUGUCCUGAUGGCUGGGGUACCAUUGAUAACGUUAGCGGAUUUAAAAUCUUCACUUCAACCGACCCAAUAAACCUUUACAUGGCAGUUCCUGUUUGCAAAGCAAAUGGAGGUAUCGUUGCACCAUUGUACACUUCAGAUGAAAGUGGCUUGAUCGCACAAAUGGUUGGUAAUGAUACUCCAGUUUGGGUUGGAGCUGUUAUGAAAAAUAACGGUGACGGCAGCUUUUCAUGUAAAAUGCUUGAUGGCGGAGAUUGCCCUUCUGAGAUUCAGAGUUCAUUCCAAAAUCAACCAAGCGAUACAGCAACACCCAUAUAUGGUACACAAAUAAUAAAUGGUAACUGGAAUGUUGUGGAUUGCGCGGAACGAGUGUUUGCUGUUGCAUGUAAAACUACUUGUGAUCAGUAA